GAGUGCCGGCCUGGCAUGUUCUGUGCCACAUCAGCCGUCAACACCUGUGCCCGCUGCAUCCCCCACUCCGUCUGCCCCACAGGGAUGGUCGUCAGGUUCCGGGGUACAGCAGAGAGGGACACCAUCUGUGAGGAACCCUCCCCAGUGACCAGCCCUGACUGCAGCACCAGCCCCGAAGCCAGCCAGGCGCCCGCCAGGAGAAUUGGCAGUGCCAUUUCUGGCUUCUCUCUCGGCAGCAGGCCCCCCCAGGCCAGGCCCCUGGGGACUUCCUCGGCAAGCUCCAAGGCCAGGACCACGCUUCCUGGAGGGGGUGCUUCCCUCACCCCGGAAAAUGAUUCCAAAAUGACCAGGGCCCCCAGCUCUGCCUCCUCGGUGCGGAAGCCCAGUCCCGAUCCGGGGCUGACCUCGCAGCAGCUGUGCACACAGGGGUCAUCGGACUGUGGGAAGCAGUGUGACCCCGACUACUACCUGGACAAGGACGGCCGCUGCAAGGCCUGUGUGACCUGUUCUGGAGACCUGAUGGAGAAGGCGCCGUGCACGUGGAACUCCUCUCGAGUCUGCGAAUGUCGAUCUGGCAUGUCCUGUGCCACAUCAGCCACCAACUCCUGUGCCCGCUGUAUCCCCCACUCCGUCUGCCCACCAGGGAUGGUCACCAAACCCCAGGGUGCAGCUGAGAGGGAUGCCACAGAUGAGCUCCCUCCCUCCGAGGCCCGCCCUGAGUGCAGCACCAACCCAGAGGACAGCAAGACACCCACCAGUGCCCCUGCCCCUCUGGUGUCCUCGGCAGACCCCCAGAUCAGUCAGGAGCAUGGAGGGGGCAUCACCCACGCCUGGGGAGACACCCCCAUAUCAGCGAGCACACCCAUCUCUUUCUCCUCCACGGCAAAGCCCAUUCUGGUUUCAGGGCCGGUGCUCUUCUGGACGGUCCUGCUGCUGGUGGUGGUCCUGGGCUCCGUGUCCUUCCUCCUGUGCCACCGGAGGGCCUGCAGGAAGUGGAUUCAGCAGAAGCUCCACCUCUGCUACCCUGUCCAGACCUUCCGGCCCAAGCUGGAGCCCAUGGAUUCCAGGCCCUGGAGGAACCCGACACAGCUGAAGAGUGUAUCGGUGGUGGAGUCAGGCAUGGAAGAGCUGAGGUUAAUGAGCCCCCUGCCUGUGGAGACCUCCCCCAAUGGGGCAGCCUGCCUAGAGAGCAUGCGGCUGCUGGAAGCCAGCCCACCCGCCGCCGGGAGCCCCUCAUCCCCCAGGGACCUUCCUGAGCCCCGGGUGACCUCAGAGCAUACCAACAACAGGAUCGAGAAGAUCUACAUCAUGAAGGCUGACACAGUGAUUGUGGGGACCGUGAGGACCGAGGUGCCUGAGGGCCGGGGCCUGGUGGGGCCGGCGGGUCCUGAGUUCGAGGAGGAUCUGGAAGUGGACCAUGCUCCCCACUUCCCAGAGCAGGAGACAGAGCCUCCUCUGGGCAGCUGCGGGGAUGUCAUGUUCUCAGUAGAAGAGGAAGGAAAGGAGGCCCCCUUGCCCAUGACCGUCUCCGAGAAAUGAAGCCUGGCCUGGGUUGGGGCUGAGA